AUGGUCCAUAACAUAUCAGCUCGAGUUUUCCUGAUCCGUCAUGGCGAUACAGCUUGGUCUGUUGGCGGCAAGCACGCGAGCUUCACGGAUGUGCCCAUGUCCAGAGAAGGCGAGGGUCAGGUUGAAGAGACCCGAGAUUGCUACAUAGGAAGGCACAAACUGAUCGACCCAGAGAACGUGCAACGAACCAAACGGACCGUCGAGAUCCUCCGGCUGGGCGUCCAGAGCCAACAAAGCUUCCUCGACCGGGACGAUCAAAAGAAGACAGUGAGCCCGCUGACGGGAUCUCAAGGCGCGUCCUCAGAGCCUCUGAUCCAGGCGACGUCUUGGCUUAACGAAUGGAACUACGGGGAGUACGAAGGGCUGUCACUAGCGGAGAUUACUGCGCGUCGACCCGAAAAUUCAGAAUGGGUCAUCUGGAGAGAUGGCUGUCCGGGAGGAGAGACCCCUGAACAAGUGUCAAACCGCCUCGACCAACUCAUAGCAGAAAUCCGCCAGAACAUCGAGAAUACCGUGACCGAAUGGCCCGGCGGACGGCAAAUUGCCCAUACGACGUGA